AUGCCCGAGCAACAUAGACGACAAACAGAUUAUAGGAUUGCCUGGGUGUGUGCACUACCCCUUGAGGCUGCCGCUGCGCAAUCGAUGCUGGAUGAGGUCCAUCCAAGACUCCCCCAACUCAUCAAUGACCAGAAUAUCUACACUCUAGGUGCAAUAGCAGGCCAUAAUGUCGUGUUAGCAUGUUUGCCAUCGGGAGCAUAUGGCACUAUCUCUACGGCUGUCGUGAUUACACAGCUUCUCUCAACAUUCACUGAAGUCGAAUUCGGGUUAAUGGUCGGCGUGGGCGGCGGGAUCCCGCGAACGGUAGACAAUAACAUGUGGCUUGGAGAUAUUGUGGUCAGCAAACCUACUUCAGAGGGAACGAGUGGGGUGGUUGCCUAUGAUUUUGGGAAGGUCCUCGGUGAUGGCGAAUUCAAAGUGACUGGAAUAUUGAACCGGCCGCCCCUAGUCCUUCUGAACGCAAUAUCACAACUCCAAGCCGAAGAGAUAAUGGGGAAACCACUGGGUAUCCUGAGCCUAGUCUCAUCAGCUUUGAAGACGAAUUCAGGAGUGGCAAGCCAGUAUUGCAAGCCGGAGCGCUCCAGCGACCGUUUAUUCCAGGCGGAAUAUGUUCACCCACUGGGCGACGCAGACUGCGGCAAAUGUGAUACAAGGUAUUUGGUCGACCGUUCAGUACGGCAAUCAGAAGAGCCGCGGGUGCACUACGGACUGAUCGCAUCUGGAAACCAGUUGAUCAGAGACGCCGUGAGCCGGGACCGCCUAGCUAAAAAGCAUGGGGCCCUGUGUUUUGAGAUGGAGGCCGCUGGGCUGGUGAAUCAGCUCCCGUCUGUGGUUAUCCGUGGAAUCUGUGAUUACUGUGAUUCCCACAAAUCUAAGCAUUGGCAAGGGUAUGCUUCAUUGACGGCCGCUGCCUAUGCAAAGAUCCUGCUGUCCAGGAUUCCUCAAGCUAAGAGCAGUAACGGUUCACAGAUGCCUCAACGUACACCAUGUUUUAUAGUGCCUUUCCGUCAGAACCCGCUGUUUCUGGGCCGCGAGCGCGAGCUCUCCCGCCUUCAGAUGUUGAUUACGGGUGGAAACAGUGGGACUAGAAGAGCCGCAAUAGCAGGACUUGGAGGCGUGGGAAAGACACAGAUCGUGCUGGAGCUUGCUUAUCGUCUUCACAAGAAGCCGGAAGCAUACUCUAUAAUCUGGAUCUCAUCAACCAGCGCCGAAACGGUGGAGCAGGCCUUUAUGGAUAUUGGCAGCCGAUUGGGCCUGGAAUCCAUAACCCCAGAUAAUGUAAAAGACCGGGUAAAGGGGUACUUGAAUUCAGAUACGGCUGGUCCCUGGGUGCUUAUCAUUGACAAUGCAGACGAUUCGGGAUUAUGGUCAGCGUCCAGGAUCCGAGACACUCUUCCGACAUCGCCUCGCGGGUUUAUUCUCUUUACAACCCGGAAUCACCAGCUUGCAACAAAAGUUGCUGGCCCGAACAUUGUUGAUUUGAAUGAGAUGGACGUUCAGUCGGCAAUAACUCUGUUAAAAAGUGCCGUUUUUGAUCAGAGCUUGCUGGAAAGUGACACAUCUACAGCCGUUCUCGCUCGACACUUACAUUUCAUACCUUUAGCGAUCGUCCAAGCCGCUAGUUAUAUCAAUGAAAACUUGAUCUCCGCUGAAACAUACCUUUCACUUAUCAAGGACACGGAAACUUCGAUGCUAGAGUUGCUCAGCAGAGACUUUGAGGACGAGUGGAGAUAUCUAGGGACCGCGAAUUCUAUAACCUCAGCAUGGCUCAUCUCUUUCAGACAGAUUCAGACCAUGAGCCCACUGGCUGUGGAGUACUUAUCAUUCAUGUCCUGCCUUGACUUUGCCUGGAUACCAUGUUUAUUGCUUCCAGCCGCACAGUCAAAGGUUGAACAGCAGAGCGCUUUAGGGGUACUAAAAGGAUACUAUUUCAUAUCUGAGCACUCAGAGAGUGGUAUUCAAUACUUUAGUCUGCACGAACUUGUCCACUCGGUGACAAAAAACUGGUUAAGAACCCAAAAUACGCUAGAAUGCUGGAUGAAGAAAGCCGGACAACACCUGAAAGAUAUUUUUCCGGAAAGCAAGCCAGAGAACCGCAUGCUGUGGAGGAGAUACCUACCGCAUGCACAGCAUAUUCUUGGGUGUGAACAGUUUCAAGCUAGGACACCGGACAGGGAGAGACUGGUGCAGAAAGUGGGCCAGAGUUUGUAUAGUGAUGGAAGGUACCGCGAGGCAGAGGUUCUAUUCCGCGAAAUUCUGGAGACAAGGAGAGCACGGCUUGGACACGACCAUCCUGAUACUCUCGAGAGUCUUGAGUGUGUGGUGGCUACACUGUGGGACCAGGGUCACUGGAAGCAUGUUGAGGAGCUCCAACUCAGACUGCUGGAAGUCAGAGAAAAGAGACUAGGGCCAGAUGAUCCUGUAGUUCUGAGCAGCUUGGGCAACUUAGCUUCGACCUUUAUGAAUCAAGGCAAGUGGGCUGACGCUCAGAAUAUGGAAAGGGAGGUGUCCACGAAAUUCAAGUUGCUACUUGGAGAAGACCAUCCGAAAACAUUGAAAAGCAUGAGCAACCUUGCCACCACAUAUCGCAUGCAAGGCAAAUAUGGCCAGGCUGAAGAACUUGACAUUUGCGUCCUCAAGUGUCGCACGAAAGUUCUUGGGCCCGAACAUCCAGACACAGUCAUGACCAUGGGAAACCUGGCAUCCACAUACAUGGAGCAGGGCCGAUGGAGUGAAGCAGAAGAGUUGAGAAGACGCCAAUCACAAGCCGUGUUAGGGACAGAGCAUCCGAAUACGCUGAUCAGCAUGGCGAACCUGGCAUCAACCUACCGCAACCAGUACAAGUUCGCAGAGGCUGAACUACUUGAGAUGGAGACCACGAAGAUCUUCAAGUCAGUCCUUGGCUCCCAGCACCCUAUUACUCUACGAAGCAUGGGCAACCUUGCGUCUACAAAGCGGAGCCUGGGGAAACUUGAAGAAGCAGAGGAGCUUGAGGAGCAGGUGAUGACGACGUUUGACUCCAUUUUAGGACGUGCUCACCCAGACACGCUGACAAGCAUGGGCAACCUGGCCUGCACAUAUCGCUAUCAAGGUCGCUGUGCGGAAGCCGAGAAGCUGGAAAUAGAGGUACUAGACGCGAGGAAAAAGCUACUGGGACCGAGCCACGUAAAUACACUAACCAGCAUGUGGAAUUUGGCCCGCACUUGGAGGAGGCAGGAGAAGUACACGGAAAGCUAUAAGUUGUUGCAAGCCUGUGUUGAACAGCAGAUUCGCCAGCUGGGGCCGAACCAUCCUGAUACUCUCGAAGCUACGCUGGAAUUGGAUUCAUGGCAAUCGGGCAUAGAUGGAAGCUGGAUACUUAUGAAAAACGUGGAGUAA